UAUAACAAUAUAUGUACGAGUAUAUCUACGUAAUAUAAAUAACAUAAACUGAUUGUGAGUGAGUGCGAUGUGCUAUGAAGUGGGGUAACAAUGAUUGAUGAUGAUGAUUAGAAUGACAACCAGCCAACGAUUUUGAGGAGAGGAGCCAGGAGGACGAGCGGCUCGGUGCGACCAUGAACUUAUCAGGGACACCGCCACGUGGGAUCAAUGAUACCAGCUAUGAAGUCUCUACGGGGUGGUACGAUAACUGUUCCUGGGUGGACGCUGUGUCGUGGGGCUGCAACCUCACCGCCAACGUGACGGGCAAUGCUACCACCAGUGACGUCACGUCGCUCGUCCUCAUGGCGGUGACGUCCGUCGUCCUGGCGCUCAUCAUUCUAGCCACUAUUAUUGGUAAUGUGUUUGUAAUAGCUGCAAUCAUAAUUGAAAGAAACCUUCAGAAUGUAGCAAACUACCUCGUGGCAUCCCUGGCUGUGGCUGAUCUGAUGGUGGCUUGUCUUGUGAUGCCACUCGGAGCUGUCUAUGAGGUUAGCCAGGGUUGGAUUUUGGGACCUGAACUAUGUGACAUGUGGACAUCGAGCGAUGUUCUUUGCAGUUCAGCAUCAAUCCUUCAUCUCGUUGCCAUUGCAACGGACAGAUACUGGGCCGUCACAAACGUCGACUACAUCCACAUAAGGAAUGAGAAGCGUAUUUUCACAAUGAUCUUCCUCGUCUGGGCUGCAGCCUUGGUCGUGUCUUUAGCUCCACAGUUGGGCUGGAAAGACCCAGACUACCUCGCGAGAAUAACACAACAACAGAAGUGCCUCGUAAGCCAAGAUCUUGCCUACCAGAUCUUCGCUACUUGCUCCACCUUCUAUGUCCCGCUGGCUGUCAUCCUUAUCUUGUAUUGGAAGAUUUUCCAGACAGCAAGAAGACGAAUACGAAGGCGAAGAGAUCCACCACCAGCCAGACCUUCGUCAGCUGACGGCGCCCCACCUUCCGGCAGACCCGUACAGACCGCACGAGAUAGGCGUUUUGUCAAGAAACGUUUCCUAAACUUAAAGAAAUGCAACCAACGUACUAGGGCUGAAACCAUUGCUGCAGCCUUAUUACUCACUGAAGGCCAAAGUACGUCCACGGUAGACACGUUAGACGAAGAACCAAAAACAACUGCUUUCACAAUAAACGAAAAAGCCCCGGUAUCACCAGAAAAGUCUUCUUCGACGGCCACAAAUGGCUCAAAGCCCGAACGUGCAAUCGUAACAGGACCUUCUCAAAGAGAGAAGAAGGAAUCAUUAGAAGCAAAACGCGAAAGAAAGGCAGCGAAAACGCUGGCAAUAAUUACCGGGGCAUUUGUUUUCUGCUGGCUACCAUUUUUCAUAAUGGCGCUAGUGAUGCCAAUCUGUCAGACGUGUGUGAUAAGCGACUACUUAGCUAGCUUCUUCCUGUGGCUUGGCUACUUUAACUCGACGUUAAACCCAGUGAUUUACACAAUAUUCAGCCCGGAUUUCCGGCAAGCGUUCGCGCGCAUUCUCUUCGGUUCGCAUAGACGCGGCCGUAAUAAAAAAUAUUGAACAUUUGGAGCGUUGUCUGUUUUGUUUAAUUACAAAUAAUAAUGAAGACUUUACAAAUAUAACAAGGCUUUUGAUGUAUAAAUAACAUGCUAAGUUUGUUCUGUGAUAUGUUAUUAAAUAUGAAGUAUCAAAAUGUAUGGUUUGAAAAACUUUGAACAAUAUUAAAGUUAUGUGCCACAAUGCUUUGAUCUCCUACAGUUGAGGUGUACAUAGUUGAAUUAUAAGUUAUAAAACAGAACUCCUAAACAAAUGGACUAUAAUAACUUGUGUAAUAUUUCAGCUUUGUGUAUAUACCUACUGUUUGUAGUUAGUGUAAAUAUAUGCUAGUCAAAUGUAAAUAUUAUACAUAGGUAAUGUACUAAUAUUAUAGAAUGUUGAGAAUUGUUUUUAUAGUUUAUUCCAGCGGUGGCGAUGUCGUUACGAGUCCAAAACGACAUCACCGCCAGCUCUUAGGGUGGUCUACCAAAACGGAAAGGAGAAUAUCUGUUCAACUAUAAAGGGAAAAUUCUACUAGAGAUAAUCGUUGACUAAUUACCGCUCAGUUGUAAAAAAAGAGCGACGUUUAUGUUAUGUAUUUGGAGCUUUGGAGUUUAAUUUUAUUUUUUAUUUAACAAACAUUUUUAUUAUAUUUUAUAUAAAAAAACAGGUUGACGUAUUGGUUACAUAUUCUCCGCUCCGUAUU